GAACGCGUCGGACGGAAAGGAACGUUCUCUGGGCAGUGGCCGGUGGGCAGUCCCCCGCAACGGCGACGUUUUCUGUACGCGCGCGGCGCGGCUCGCGAUUUCUCCGGGCGUUCCGCGUCGCGCGGACGAGCCGCUACGUAGGGUAGAACAUCACGUCGGUCACGUUGCGCGUCGCGUAUCCUAAGGUCCUCUUUGUGCCCAACGACCGCGGUGGUGGCCGCCAUCUUGUAGCUGUCAAACGCGAGCCUGGUGCUGACGAUGCGUGAGCCCUCGGACUCGGACUCGGAGUCACGUCGUCCGGGUUCGACGCGACCUUCGAAAUCUUCUGUCCAGGAUACCCGCCGUUCGCCGUUACGCGCGUUGACCGCGGACGCGACCCACGAUCCUUUGGGUUAACCGUCAUCGCGUCAUCGGGUCAUCGGUCGUGAAUCGUGAGUCGUGACGCGCGAUUUCGCGCGCCCCGCCAGGGCCUGGCCUCUCUCUGGCUGUAAAUAAUCGCCGACGACACCGACGUCGGGAUCAGAGGGAUCAGGGCCAUUAGGCGAGCUCUCGAUGUAGGCUACGCCGUUUCGUCUAAAGAGACCUCAGCGAGGGAAACGAGGGCGACGAGGACGACGAAGAGGAAGAAGAGAAGGAAAAGUCGUCGACGGGGCGCCCGAACGGGAGCCCCGCUAGGAAGAGACGCCCUGGCGGAGACUCGUGGGAACGACGGGGCGAUCGACGUUGCAGAGUCGAAUGUCGAGGGAUUGCGCGCGAACAUGGACGAACAUGAGAUACUUGUCCUUCCGCCCUUCUCGGGCGCCAGCAACAAGGAACGCGCCAGGAAGAAGCUCUGGCGCAGCGCGGUAGAGAUAGUGGCGAGCGACGACGAGGAUUCGGACGCGGACGCGGAUGAGCACGAGUGCGAGUUCUUCCCGGCUAAGCGGCACUGCGCGCAGUUGUCCAAGACCAACGAAGCUCGUUCAGACACGGAACAGCACACGAAUGCAAAUACGGAGAGCCCGGCCAGCAACGUGGGAAAUAUCGAUUACGACGAAAUCAUAUACCAAAUACAGAUCGAGGAGAAACUCAAGUUGUGGCAGGCCUUCCAAGAGGAAGAGGGAUCUAUGGAUAAUAGCAUCAAUGAAGUUUUGGCUUACUAUAGAAUGAUGCAUCCGCCGGAUCCUCUGGAGGAAGAGUCCGUCGGUUCCAGGUUCCAUCUGUCGUACAGAGGCAACGACAUGGAGGAUACGGCGGUAACGAUGGCGAUCCGCAAUCACGGCUUAGUCCAAUCGGCCGAGCUCGCUCUUCAGCCUCAUUAUUGUAAAUGCAUAGGUGUCGAUUGUUCCUUUUCAUCUAAAUGUAUGUACGAACUCGAAGACUUUCCCUACGGGACGGUCUACAGCAAUGUGGAAACGGGGAGAUGCAAUGCGUUGGAUGCGGAUAAAGUAUACGAGUGUGAUCAACCGGAAGACUUUCUGGAGCGCGCCGUAGGGGAAGCGAUCAAGAAGAAAGGUCUAAGCGCUCUGAGUGUGGAUUACGGUUGAGUAACGCUUGGUUAACGUCUGCUCUACGUCUCUUGAUGUAUUUAUAUAUAGUAGCGUAACACAUCUCUACGUGUUGUGCUCUGUAAGCCUAUCGCAACUACGUUUUAUAGUUGAUUUCGGUUGUACAACAGUUGUAAUGCGUUAUUCUGCAAACGAUAAUAUCGAAAUAUUUAUAUUCGAAUGUGUGUAUGUAUAUAUGUUUGUACACACACACACACACACACACACAUUCCGAUGUAACGACUUGCUUACGACAAGACAACUUCAAAUUUAUUUUAUUCAGUAAUGUGAAGUAACGUCAAAGUUAUAAUGGUUUAUCGUUCAUUAAUCCUUUCAAUAGCCAGCCAUAUAGUAUUAAUACUUGCAUUAAUUAUAUUUCCAUACACAUAAAUAUAUGGAAAUAAAAUUAUUAUGUAUAUAUAUAUAUAUAUAAUGUGUGUGUUAAAUCAAAUUAGCCUUGUAAACCAUAUAUACUUGAAAAGUAUAAGCAGCUAUUUUGAUUAUAGUAUAAAAUUUUUUUAAUUAGUUAAGCGUACGUUUCCUCUAUUCUUUAUAGUUAUCGAACUUGUGACUCGCUUCUCCUUCUGUAUUCUUCCUAUUAUAUUAAUUAUAACAUAUAUAAAGCCUACACAUCUUUUUAUUAAACACAAUGUACGUGCAAGACAAACAGAGGAGAAACGAAAAAGAAACCUUUUUUGUUUUUUAGAAAACAAGGAUUACUUCUCGGUAAUUUAUGACUCAUUGUUCAAAUUGCGCGGUUUUACAUCGGGAUUGGUUGAUCGAUCAAUUACAUAUAAAUAACUUAAAAAUGGCAAGAAAUAUACAUAGGGCAAGUAUAUUCGAAAUUCACUGCCAGUACUGAAAAUUUAUAGUAUACGUGACGCAAAUUAUAUAUUUUCAGUACUGGCGAAUAUCGGAACACAUGGACAGACGUAAUGUGAUGCGAUUGGCUAUCUAACAGCGAUUUCCGAGGCCCCUAGAGAAAGUUUCUCUAGUCAAUAGCCAAUCGCAGGACAUAAUUUUUUCGCUAAGAAAUGUCCCUUACUGCAUGUUGGCAGUGUCAAUGAAAAAGUCAACAGGUUACUCAAGUUACUAAUCAAAAAUGAUAAAAAAAAAGAUUGGAUUCCAAACUUGUCAGAUGGUCAGAAUGGGAUUGGGAUGUUGAAUGUGGCCGACUGAAUCGUAGGUUUAUGCGGUUCUGUUCGAUUAAUUGAUGAAAGCGAGCGUCACGGCUAUGGCCAGUUCGUCUUUCUCGUCAUCUAUACAAUCCUACAGCGAGCCGUUCACAGAGGAACAAGAAAUGGCGCUUUACAGGAGUAUAAAAAUGAAUCUGCAAGACAUUCGGAAAGCUACGCACGACAUUAAUCUGAAAUUUAAAAGUAUACAGGAAGAGAUGCGCGUCACGGCCGCCCUAGUGAAUGCGAUCGAAUCGAAAGCCCCGGCCAACCCCGGCGAUUAAUCAGGGUUAACACGUUCGUCUCACCGCUCACGUUAAGACCAAAAGUACGGGAGACACGGGAGUGUAUCAACAAAUGUCACUUGCCGAGUUUGCGACUUCUCAAGCUGCAACAAAAAUAAUAUUAAAUUAAAGUAUCAUAAAAGAGAUUUAUAGUGACGGAUUUAAAGAUUCUUGUGCGUUGCGUCAACACAAAAUCUGCGAUGAAAAUAAUUUUCUCCUACAAAAAUGUACAUACCUGUCAUGACACUCGUGCAAAAGUAAAUCUUAUAAAAACAGACGAGAUAUAAUAUAUACUAAUUUGAAGCUUUAAUGUUUUUGUCACAUUUUUAUAAAAUUUAAGAUAAAGACUGAAGUGUUUUGAAAACUGAAUUAUUUGUCGACUGAUUGAAAUUUCUGAUGGUAAUUAAACGUGGAAUGAAAGUGAA